GGACAGAUUUCCUGAGGGAGGGCCAAAGAGUGAACUCUGUAGCAUGGGAAAAGUUGUCCUCACUUUAUUUUUCCGAUGACACGGAGUCUUUUUAAAGAAGGCAGAAAGGAAUCAGGGGAGCAUUGUCGGAGGUGGUUGGGAGACUGAGACGUUCCGCGAGAGAGAAAGAAGCAGAGGAUGUCCAGAGCUGACUGGUCCUUUCUGGAGCACCUGCUGGAGGAGGGCCAGGAGUAUUCCACGGGCGUCGGCCGCGUCUGGCUCACCGUUCUCUUCCUGUUUCGCAUGCUGGUGCUCGGCACCGCGGCGGAGUCCGCCUGGGACGACGAGCAAAUCGACUUUGUAUGUAACACGCGCCAACCGGGCUGCACCGCCGUCUGCUACGACAAAGCCUUCCCCAUCUCCCACUUUCGCUAUUUUGUCCUCCAAGUCAUCUUCGUCUCCACGCCCACCAUCUUCUACUUUGGCUACGUGGCUAUUCGCUCGGGGAAGGGAGACGUCGGGAAGGAGGAGAGCGAGCCGGCGGAAGAAGGUCGGACGGAGCCCGUCGCGGAGAAGCGGAAAGAGCGGAACCCACCGGAAGCUCCCAAGUUGAAGGGCAAGCUGUUAUGCGCGUACACGUUCAGCAUCCUUCUAAAAGUGCUCCUGGAGGCAGGCUUCAUCCUGGGCCUGUGGUUCCUCUAUGACGGCUUCCUCAUCGAAGCCAAGUUUGAGUGCGUGGGCUUCCCCUGCCCCCACACGGUGGACUGCUUCGUCUCCCGACCCACCGAGAAGACCAUCUUCACCAUCUACACUCAGGCCAUCGCCGCCGUCUCCCUGCUGCUCAACUUGAUCGAGCUCCUCCACCUGCUUCAGCUUGCAAUUUCCCAUCGGCUGAGGAGACGGUACCGGGCGAACCGGCCACGCUCCGAACCGGUCGCGGGGGCGGCGGCCCGAGAGGAGACACCGGGGCCGAGCCGGGCCGCGUGCUACGGCAAGCCCGGCGAGAGCUUUGGCGACGUCCCCGUAACGGCGGAGUGGGAGCCGGCGGCGGCCGCAAGCGACGUGCUUCCUAGCUAUACCAACUGCAUGGAGGCUGCGAGGACGUCGCGCUCGUCCCGGAAUCACGACGGGCAAAAGGCAAAGAACAACCGCGGGGGAGCUUCAAAACACAAGCACUAUGUGUGACUGCGCCACUUUUCUUUUUCAAACACGCUCGUUUGCACAUGACGCCGGAGUCAAACAGUGGCCCGAUUAGGACGGAAAUAACAGACAAGAGUUGCACUGUGAGCCAAGUGCCUCGGAGGCGGCAAGCACGCUUCCAAACCGGCCUGAUAACGGACCUCGUUUGGAAUAUGCUCCCCAAGGCAAACAAAAACUUUGGCUACCAUUGCUUGAAUAUGUUUGGGGCAGGGGGUGGGGCUGGGGGGGCACACAAUCCAGUAUUUUGGAUCAAAAUUCCCCUGAGCCGCUCUCGGCCCGCACGAUGGAAUGUUCUGGUUUCAGCUCCGCUCCCAAGAGCAUCGUGGCUCUGGGGGUCAGGGGGGGGGCGACAUCACAGAAGGGGAUCCAAACCGUGGACCUCCGGAGAACUCCAGAGGGCCUCACUACGAUCCCAAUCGUAUCUCCAGAGUAUCGAAGCAAACCGCUGAGCUAAGCCUCCUAUUGGGUGAAUGCUUGCAAUUGCAAUAGGUCUGACGGCAAACGAGUUGCGCUUAAGGUGCCACAGAAGGCGAUCACAUGCAUGAAAUAUGGAUUUAUAUCAACGGGUAUAUUUAUUGUAUUGAAUGAAAUAAAGUUAUGAUCAACACAAACGAA